CCCGCCCGCCGCCGCACGGAGUCCGUCCACCGCGCGCUCCGCUCGCCACCGCUCGCACCUUCCCCCGCGGCUCCACGGCCCGGUCUUGUUUCAGCACGGAAACCCAGAAGACAAAGACGAGGUCUUCACAAUGUCGUACCGACGAGAGCUAGAGAAAUACCGCGACCUGGACGAGGAUGAGAUCCUCGGAGCCCUCACGGAGGAUGAGCUCAGGACCCUGGAGAACGAGCUGGAUGAGCUGGACCCGGAUAACGCACUGCUGCCCGCAGGCCUGAGGCAGAAGGAUCAGACCACCAAGGCGCCCACGGGCCCCUUUAAAAGGGAGGAGCUCUUGGACCACUUGGAAAAGCAAGCAAAGGAGUUUAAGGACCGAGAAGAUCUGGUCCCCUACACAGGGGAAAAGCGAGGGAAGGUCUGGGUCCCCAAGCAGAAGCCGAUGGACCCCGUGCUGGAGAGCGUGACGCUGGAGCCGGAGCUGGAGGAGGCCCUGGCGAACGCGUCCGACGCGGAGCUCUGUGACAUCGCAGCGAUCCUGGGCAUGCACACGCUCAUGAGCAACCAGCAGUACUACCAGGCGCUGGGCAGCAGCUCCAUCGUGAACAAGGAGGGCCUCAACAGUGUGAUCAAGCCGACACAGUACAAACCUGUGCCCGACGAGGAGCCAAACUCAACCGACGUGGAGGAGACGCUGGAGCGGAUCAGGAGCAAUGACCCGAAGCUGGAGGAGGUGAACCUCAACAACAUCCGGAAUAUCCCCAUCCCCACCCUCAAGGCGUACGCGGAAGCCCUGAAAGGCAACUCCUACGUGAAGAAGUUCAGCAUCGUGGGCACGCGGAGCAACGACCCCGUGGCCUAUGCCCUCGCUGAGAUGCUCAAGGAGAACAAGGCGCUGAAGACCCUGAACGUGGAAUCCAACUUCAUUUCCGGAGCCGGGAUCCUGCGCCUGGUGGAAGCGCUCCCAGACAACACCUCCCUGGUGGAGCUGAAAAUCGACAACCAGAGCCAGCCCCUGGGCAACAAAGUAGAAAUGGAGAUCGUGAGCAUGCUGGAAAAAAACACGACGCUUCUGAAAUUCGGCUACCACUUCACCCAGCAGGGGCCCCGGCUGCGGGCCUCCAACGCCAUGAUGAGCAACAACGACCUUGUGAGGAAGAGGAGGCUCGCAGACUUGACUGGGCCCAUCAUUCCCAAGUGCCGGAGUGGAGUCUAGCGCGUGGCGGUGAUGACCACGCCUUUGAACUGGACACGUCCUACUGAUUCUCUGUGCUCUGCAGUGGAAGCCAGAAGGCAGAAUGCCAGCACAAACCCUUUGGUGGUUCAGUUCUUUAUGCACAAAGGUUUUAGGAUAACUAGUGGUUACAGUUGAAAUUUUAUAAACUAUGGUUAAUGUGAAGUUUUUCUUUAGUCACAGAAGUUCCAUCUGGUUAUUGUUUAAAAACUAAGAAGCCCCUGGACCAGCAGAUCUUCCUGAAGAUGACGUUGCAGCAGCAGUGACUUAUCCCAAGCGCCUGGUUUUGGUGGCCUUGCUAUGUGGUGUUUCAGGGGUACUGACUAUGCGUAACGCACGAACCAACAGCACACUCUUCCGCACGGUAUAGAAGCAUUAUACAAUACUUUAUUACAAAUUUGAUCUCAGCUAUUUAGCCAGCAGAACAGGGUAGGUUUCUUUUGUUUUGUUUUUUUUAUUAACCCUCCUUUAAAUCAAAGAACCUCAAGAUUAAAGUUGCCAAAUUGAUUACUGGAUCAAGAACACAAUUUUUCCCCUCAAGAAAG